AUGAGCGGAAAGGGCAAAGGGAGGGUAAACGUGAACCCUCAGGAUGGUACCAUUCAAAUUGAGGAGGAAGAGGAGGAGGUCUCACGGUUUGAACAUGACCAGGGGGAGGGAGGUGGAGCCGGAGCCGGUUCGCUACCGGGAGAACAAGGCCCCACUGCUGUCGGGCCUGCAGCAGCACCUAUUGCAGAGCCCAGCCACCUCGGCGAAGAGAAAGGAAAACAGGGCGAUGGUGCAGGAGAUGCGACCGGAAAAGAGGGUGAAGGUUGCGGCAGUAGGGAGGGUUCGCCGGAUGGAGAUGGGCGUCAGAAAGAGUGGCAUGAGGCGGGCGCCGGGGCGCCGGAGUCAGGAUCCAACAGGGAGAAUGCCUCGGAGGUGACGAAAAGGGCACCAGACGAAGAGCGUCAGCCUGCGGUUGAGAGGCAGAAGAAGAUGCGGAAGAAGUUGAACAAGUGCUUGAUCUGCCUGGAAGAGGACGACGGGCUUUCGAGGCGGUUGUUCCAGACGGACUGCUGCCACCUGAUCGCACACGAGCAGUGCUUCGAAGAGUGGAAGGCGUUCCAUUCAAGGUGCUUCGCAUGCGCGAGGAAGACCCAGACCCGCCGCAAGGAUAACAGAUACCUCAGCAACACGGUGAUCUCCAACGAGGCCGAUGUGGAAGAGGACAUUGCGGAAGCACGCAUCAUCAGCGAUAGCUUUGAAGGGUGGUACGUCGGUGCAAAAAAACAGUUCGCACAAAUUCGGGAGAAGGAGCGUGCCGAGGAAGAGCGCAAAAGCCUCGCGUGUGUCUUGGAUGUUCUCGCAAUGGAGGCGAAAACAAACAACGAGGAGGCACGAGUCAGCGGAGGAGCCCAGGAUGAAGGGGGAGGAGGAGCGUCAGCGGCUGGCCCUUUGUUGUCCGCUUUCACAAAGGAGCAGAUCGCCCAGCAGGCGGCACUGCUGGCCCCGUGCGAUGAUGAGAGGAUUGCCCGUGAGCUUGAGGAGGCUGACCGGGCUCAGGCUGAAGAAUUUGCCCAGCAAGCGAAGAAAGAUGAAGACCUGGCGCGCGAGCUGCAGCGUCUAGACGAAGCCGAGGCCGAGGAGAAGGCUGCUGCGGACGCGAUAGCUCGCACUAGGCGGCCCCGGGCAAAGAGCAAGGGAUCCGGAGGGCGGAGCGGCCAUGGUGCCAGAGGUGGCGGCGAGGGCGGCGGCAGCGAUGCUGGCAAGGGGAGCGGUGGUGGUGCAAAGAAUCGGGGGCGGUUGCCGGCGGGAGGUUGCCGGCGAAGCGGUGCUGCUUCCUUGCCACCGGCACUUGCAGCCGACGGUUCCGGCGGCGCGGAAAUGGAGGGGGUGGAGGGCACGUGUACGGGGGGGGGCGGCAGUCGACCGAGUGGGAGCGGGGGCAGCGGGGCUAGCAAGGCCGCCUCAUCUUCAUCGUCGGAAACGAAGGAUACACAGAUGAAAAAGAGGAAGACGAAGCAGGAGGAGAAGAACAAGAAGACUGAGAAUAGGGAGACAGGGGACGUCGACGGCGGUGCUCGGCGUUUCCUGGACUCUACAGGUCUGACGUCAGAUGAGGAAAGCAUCGGCGACGAUGAAACCAAGGACGCAGAUUAUGUAGACCCUGAGGAGAAGAGAGAGGUUAGGAGCAAGAGGGUGAGGUCCACGCCUCCCAAGCAUGGACCUAGAGCAUCAAGCGCAAGCCCUACCACUAGCACAAGCAGCCCUUCUGCUCGCGCUCGUACGCGCAACCCGAUCGUUCGCACGGCCAGCAGCCCUGGUGUUGGCGGCGUUGGCAGCGUCGAUGUCCGGCAGGGGAGAGGUAGAGGAGCGUCCGCUUCUACAACGGAGAACGACGGCUGCCGGGGUGAUGACGAUAGCAUCCUAGGCGGUGCUGCCAGAGGGGCCGAGAGAAGGAGCGGGGGCCGUGCCAACGGCGGUGGCGGUGGACCGCUCGUCAACGGCAACGGCAACGUCAGCACCGCUUCAAGCAUCGGCGGGUUCACACCUACUGUUGCUUUCUCCGACUCUGCCGUCUCAUCUGCACCCGGACGCGUAGCUUCUGUCAGUUCCAGGAGUCAACGGGUUGCGGCGAAGUCGAGUCAUUCUGAUCUCGGAAUUGAUCCAGACCAAAAGGUGGAAAAGGAAGAAGAUUCGCGGGACCCCGGCAGGAGCGAGAUUAUUAGGGUUGGAAGCGGAGGCGGACAGAGUGGCAAUGGAAAGGGGGCCGGAGGCAGUCCAGAGGGAGGGGUGAAGGAUGCGAACGGUUGUGAGUUCAGCAGUGCGAACGGCAGCAGCCAGCGAUCGCAGACCCCUGAUUCUGGGUCUCCAUUGAAACAGACCAAAAACACGAAACCGCGGGAAAGCAAUGGCGGUGGGAGUACCAACGGGGGCAAAGGUGACAGCGGGAGUGUCAACGGGAGCAAAGGUGGCAGCGGGAGUGUCAAGGGGGACAAAGGUGGCAGUGGUAGCGCGAGGCGCAAGAACCAAGAGACCGGUACCAAGCGACGACCGGAGGCGCCUGUAUUUUCUUCAAACGCAAUCAAGACCAAGACUACUCCGAAGCCGGACAAGGCCGGCAAAGGCGGUGGGUCUGGUACCAUUGACGGUGGUGGCCAUCACGCCGUUAGCGGCGGUGUCAGCGAGCGCGUUGUCAGCGGGAGCAUCCGGAAGCCGCUGGUGACACCCAGACUUCCUCCAAGCUCGGACAAUACCAAGAUUACUUCUACGAAGCGGUGCAAGACGGGCAAGGGCGGUGAGGCCGGUACCGUUGGCGGCGGCGGCAGCAGCAGCAGGCCGUCGAUGACACCUGGAUUUGCCUCAUGCACAGAUGGCCCUGAGACCACUCGGAAGCAGGGCAAGAGCGUCAAGGGCGGUGAGGUCGGUACCGUUCAAGGUGGCAGCCAUGGCGGGGGCAAGGGUGGCAGCCACAGCGGGAGAAACAGGGACGAAGAGACGGGUACCAAGCGGCCGCCGGAGACGCACAGCGAUGACACCAGUAGCGGUGGUAGCGGCGAGCGCGCUAACCGGGUCGUCGUCCACAAGCAGCGUCCCUCAAACACGGACGAGGCCAAGAUAAUCACGAAGCAAGACGGCGGUAGUGGUGUAAACGGCAGUGGCAGCGAUACCAAGGACGAUGUUAGCCUAUUGCCAAACAACCGAGGAGUAGCAGGAGGAGGAGAGAAGCAAGCCAGCGGGCCGGGAGGUGGAAGCACGAAGAAUGGCGAUAGGGAAAUCGAUGAGCCGCCGAACACGGAGGAUUCAGACGUGAUUCGUGACGGUGACCCGGAGGAAGACAUCUGCAUGUUGAACAUUUCCGUUGGCGGACGUGCGGAGGGCAUCCUUCCCCCCAACAGAGCGGCAACGCUCAAGGUAGGGCCAGAGGUAGCAGCGGGUGUGGCGUUCAACCCGAUGGCGUCAGAAUCCACGUUGGCCCUGGCGUCGAAGGCAGCCACCACGACAGCGGUGAAAACGGCGUCUCCCCGUCGGCACGUGAUGGGGGGAAAGAUGCCCAAGAAAACGAAGGAACAAGGCGGGGGCGCUGACGGCGCUGGAGGCCGUGGGCUGCGCGCCUCCGCUGCUGCUGCUCGUGGUGGUGGUGAUGGUGCUUCUAGUGCUGCUGCUGCUGCUGCUGCUGCUGCUGCUGCUGCAGGGGGGUCUCCUGGCGCGAGGGUGAAGCGUGGAGGACGUGAUGACCUGUCCUGUUCCGACUCUGAUGGCGCAGUGGGUGAAAGGCACCAAGGUGACAAGGGAAACUCCGACAUUGCACGAGCGCUCCCGGCAGACGUGGAGGUUUUCGAUUUGACGAUGAGCGAUGACUGAGCUUGGCGGCGAUUAGACUGGGCGUGGCUGCCAUUACUGCUGUCUUGCCUCUCGAUAAACAGUCGGCGGGGGCACGGGCACAGCGACCAGAGGUUUCACACCCCUGACGGGUUGUUGUCGGCUUUUUUACGAUGUUGUUGGCUUGACAUUCGCCUGAGAUAGGGCCAGUGCUCAGGUCGAAGUUUCGGAGGCCUUGCGUGGGCUGAGCACACUGGAGCUAGCGAGCGACGUCUUUGUCAGAGCUGGAAACCGGAAGAACGUACGGCCGAGGGAAAUCGAAGAAAAACAAUGCAGUCGUGCUUUCGGUUGGUUGUUGAGCAUGGGAACCCAGGAGCCAGCAAGAGCUGGGAGCUUUGCUCUUGGGGGUUGCGUGUGUGUGGAAGUCGCUGCCUAUUUUUCUGUGGUGUCGGUGGGAGGAGGGCGGGGGAGCUUCCAGCAGCGUGGGUAGCGUGUGUGUGUGUGUGGUGUGUGUGUUUCCAUUUUUUACAUCGUCCUGCAGUAGGCUGUGAGUGCUACUGGGUGCCCCCCAACAAUGAAACCGGCAAUGGCAGUGGUGUGUCGAUGGCCAACGCUCUUUUGUGAGUUAGUGUUGCCGUCGCCUCGCAGGUGGUCUUGAAAGGAAUGCUGGGUGAUGCUGUUUAGCUGUGCGGGUUUUGAUCUCGGGACAGGUGUGGUGCUGGUGCCGGUUGCUGUUCUGUUGUUCUAUGCCAUUUGUUAAUUUUUUAAUUAUCCUGCGAAUCACAUAGACCAAGCGUCGACGAAAGCCAGAUGCUGCAUUAGAACAAAGAGCACCAGUCCCUCCCUACCAGCAGCGUGAUCCUUGUAGCGCACCAAACCCGAGAUUGCCACGACCGGUUCUGUUGUAGUGAUGAAGCAGGCAGACUGCUAUGGCAGGUAGAUGUUGCGGUUUAGCUACACCACCGAUUUCUGCUUGCCGCCACGGGCGUUGUGCUCAAGGCGUUGCGGUCGUUUGCGCAUCGGCGACCUGCUUCUUGCCUCCCGCUGCAGCGACGUUUGCCUCGUUGGCGUUGCUUCAGGUGUUGUGGACGCAAUCGGUUCUUUCAUUUGGUGUCUGUUUGCCUCUCCAUACCAGCAUGGCGUUGUUUUGAACGGUGGUGUACGAUUGUUGUUGUUGGGGUGUUAUCUUGACUUGUGUCUACGUAUUUAACAGAAUGUUGUACGAUGCGCUUGUUUGUUCGUUGUCAUAUCAUCGCGUGAUUCAAUAUUUAUGUAAUUUUUUGGGCACUUCAAUUUUUCUGCGCAAGUAUGACGCUGUAUUUGUGUUCUCGUUGGAAGGUAGACUAUGCCACGUUUGUAUCCUGUUUGGAGGUGAGUGGUGUUAGACUAAUGUACUACUUCCUCUGUAUCAUAAGUUA